AUGAAGGUGGUGAAACACUGGAACUGGCUGCUGAGAGAAUCUGUGGAUGUGCCAUCUCUGGGCCAGGCGAGCUCGGAUGGGUCCCGCUUUUCCCCUGACAAGGUCGUGAGGGCUCAGAUCGGCUCAGGGCCGUGCAGGCUCGUACUUUCGGCUUCUAUCAGAAUUUCAGCUAACUUGAACUUCAUCCCACCACUGCUGACAAAUCUAGCAAUAACACCUGCUAAUCCUGCUCACAAUGGCCGUGUGUGCAGCACAUGGGGCAACUUCCACUUCAAGACCUUUGACGGAGACAUAUUCACCUUCCCUGGGCUCUGUAAUUAUGUUUUUGCCUCCCACUGCAACGCUCCCUACGAGGACUUCAACAUCCAGAUUAGGCGUGAAGUGGUGGCAAACAUUCCAACAAUCAACCGCAUCACCAUGAAACUUGAAGGUGUCGUGGCAGAACUGACAAAAGAUGCUGUCAUGGUCGAUGGCAACAGAGUUCAACUGCCAUACAGUCAAUCUGGUAUUACGAUAGAGAAGAGCAGCAUUUAUGUGAAAGUUGGCAGCAAAAUCGGUGUUGUGUUAUUGUGGAAUGAAAAGGACAGCAUCCUGCUGGAAUUGAAUGAGAAAUAUGCCAAUCAGACUUGUGGACUUUGUGGUGACUUCAACGGCUUUCCCAUAUACAACGAGUUUGUUUCAAACAAUAUUAAGAUGACAGCCUUGCAAUUUGGGAAUAUGCAGAAAAUGGAUGGGCCAACAGAACACUGUGAUGACUCCACUACUAUCCCAACAUAUAACUGCCCUGAUAAUCUUGAUAACAUAUGUGAGAAAACAUUGACCAGCUCUGCAUUUGCAGACUGUAAUGACCUAGUUGAUGUUCAAGAUUACAUCAAAGCUUGCCAAGACGAUUUAUGCCGUUCUGCCGAAUCUGAAAACAGCUCGUGCAUCUGUGACACCUUUGCUGAGUACUCCCGGCAGUGUGCUCAUGCUGGUGGGCAGCCCCUGGACUGGAGAACUUCAAAACUGUGCCCCAAGACGUGUCCUUACAACAUGCAGUACCAGGAGUGCAACUCCCCCUGUGCUGAUACUUGCACGAAUCCUGAACGAUCUCGGUUUUGUGAAGAACACUGUAUUGAUGGCUGCUUCUGCCCCCCAGGGACUGUAUUUGAUGACAUCAACAAUUCUGGCUGCAUUCCUCAGCAGGAGUGCUCUUGUAUUUACAAUGGCAAAACCUAUGCUACAGGAACUUCUUUUUCAGAGCCAUGCCAGACCUGUACCUGUAAUGGAGGUCAGUGGAGCUGCCAAGACAAGUCAUGCCCAGGAACUUGCUCUGUAGUGGGAGGUUCCCACAUUUCCACAUAUGAUAAGAAGAACUAUGAUCACCACGGAGACUGCACUUACGUCCUGUCUAAGGACUGUAAAGGUGACAAAUUUACCAUCCUGGCAGAACUACGCAAGUGUGGCCUGACUGACACUGAGACCUGCUUAAAGUCCGUGACCCUCAACAUGAACAAAGGACAAACUAUCAUCGAGGUCAAACCUGAUGGUGGUGUGUUUGUGAACUCGAUCUACACCCAGCUGCCCAUGUCAGCAGCUAAUGUCACCAUGUUCAGACCUUCCUCAUUCUUCAUGAUCAUGGACACAAGCUUUGGCGUCCAGGUUGAAAUGCAGUUCACACCCAUGAUGCAAGUGUUUGUGCGUCUGGACGCUUCUUUCAAAAACCAGACUUGUGGUCUCUGUGGAAACUUCAAUAACAUCCAAACUGAUGACUUCAAGGUCAUCAGUGGAAUAAUUGAAGGAACAGCAUCAGCCUUUGCUAAUACAUGGAAAACUCAGGCUUCAUGUCCUAAUAUCCAGCAGAGUUUUGAGAAUCCUUGUGCACUCAGCAUCGAUAAUGAAAAAUAUGCUCAGCAUUGGUGUGGACUCCUCACUAACAGCACAGGACCUUUUGCUGCUUGUCACUAUGCAAUCAAUCCGGCUGUUUACCACACGAACUGCAUGUUUGACACAUGUAACUGUGAAAACAGUGAGGACUGUCUGUGUGCUGCCCUGUCUGCCUAUGUGAGAGCUUGUGCUGCAAAAGGAAUCCAGCUGCAGGGAUGGAGGGCUGAUGUCUGCUCAAAAUAUACCACCUCAUGUCCCAAAUCCCUGAGCUACAGCUAUACCAUCUCUUCUUGUCAACCCACCUGCCGCUCUCUGAGUGAGCCUGAUGUCACGUGCAACAUCAAGUUUGUCCCAGUUGAUGGCUGUACCUGCAUAAAUGGAACCUACGUGGAUGACAGUGGCAAAUGUGUGCCUGCUAAUGAAUGCCCCUGCUACUACAGAGGAUCUCCUUUACCAUUUGGAGAAGCAAUCCAUGAAAAUGGGCGUGUAUGCACUUGUGUCCAGGGAAGACUGAAUUGCAUCGGAGCACCAAAUCCAACUCCAGUCUGUGAAUCUCCCAUGGUCUACUUUGAUUGUAAAAACAACACAGCAGGAACAACUGGAGCAGAAUGUCAGAAAAGCUGCCAGACUCUGGAUAUGCAGUGUUAUAGCUCACAAUGUACAUCUGGCUGUGUGUGCCCAGAUGGGCUUGUGUUAGAUGGGAAUGGUGGUUGUAUCCCUGAAGAGAAAUGUCCAUGUAUUCACAAUGAAGCCAUGUAUCAGCCUGGGGAAAAGAUCAACUUUGACUGUAACACCUGUGUAUGCAAGAAUAGGAAGUGGGAAUGUACCAAAAAUCAAUGUCUGGGCACUUGUGCUGUUUAUGGAGAUGGUCAUUACAACACCUUUGAUGACAAAAGGUUCAGCUUCAAUGGAAACUGUGAAUACACACUAGUCCAGGACCACUGUGGGAAAAGUGGCACAGUCAAUGGCACCUUCAGGGUUGUCACUGAAAAUAUUCCCUGUGGCAACACUGGGACAACUUGCUCAAAAUCUAUCAAAGUUUUCUUAGAGAGCUAUGAACUGAUCCUUGGCGAAGAGCGUGUCAGUGUCGUGAAGAGAGGCCAGAACAACGAGGUGCCAUACACAGUCCGCUAUAUGGGAAUGUACUUGGUCAUUGAGACCAAAAGUGGACUGAUCCUCAUGUGGGACAAGAAAACCAGCAUCUUCAUCAAGCUCAGCCCUGGCUUCAAGGGCCAGGUCUGUGGUCUCUGUGGAAAUUAUGAUGGCAACAGCGUCAAUGACUUUACUACCAGGAGUCAAUCUGUAGUAGAGAAUGUCCUAGAGUUUGGAAACAGCUGGAAAGUAUCCUCUACAUGCCCUGAUGCUUUCACUGUCAAGGACCCAUGUUCUACCAACCCUUAUCGGAAGUCCUGGUCAGAGAAGCAAUGUAGCAUCAUCAACAGCAAAGUCUUUGCUGCCUGUCACUCUCAGGUUGAACCAGCAAAAUAUUACCAAGCAUGUGUGACAGACGCUUGUGCCUGCGACACUGGAGGAGAUUGUGAUUGCUUUUGUACAGCAGUCGCUGCCUAUGCUCAAGCAUGUAGUGAAGUUGGUGUAUGCGUAGCCUGGAGAAGCCCAACAAUUUGUCCACUGUUCUGUGAUUACUACAAUCAGCAAGGAGAAUGUGAAUGGCACUAUAAGCCUUGUGGUGCUUCCUGUAUGAAGACCUGUAAGAACCCAAGUGGAAAAUGCCUCAAUGACCUGCCAGGUUUAGAAGGCUGCUACCCUAACUGCCCACCAGACAAGCCAUAUUUUCAUGAGGAUCAGAUGAAGUGUGUUAGUCUCUGUGACUGUUAUGAUGAUGAAGAUGGAAAGAUAUAUAAACGGGAUGAAUGCAAUAUAUGUGAGUGCACAGAAGAAGGCUUACAGUGCAAGUUUGAUGAUAAAGCCUGCAACUGCGUUUAUGAAGGGAAUAGCUAUAAAUAUGGUGAACUCAUCUACAACACCACAGACGGAACUGGAUGGUGUAUCAGUGCAACAUGCGAUGCCAAUGGAACAAUAAGCAGAGACAUCUUUAAAUGUGGCGUUUUUACAACAACCCCAUUUACAUUUUCCACGAGUCAGCCCACAACUACUGCUUCAGAAAUGACAACUGCAAUUCCAGUGACGACUGUAUGUGUAAAAAAUGUCUGUGUGUGGUCAGAAUGGUUUGAUUCCACUCAGCCUGAAAACAAAGAGGACAGUGGAGAUUAUGAAACAUUUGAAAAUCUCAAGGAUAAAGGAUACAGUGUGUGUACAAACCCAAGUGAAGUUCAAUGCAGAGCCAAAGAAUACCCAGAUACUGAAAUUACCAACCUUAACCAAACCAUUGUGUGUAGUCAAAGCAGAGGAUUAAUAUGCAAUAACCAGGACCAAGAAUCUAAGCAAUGCUAUAAUUAUGAAAUCAGAAUAUCAUGCUGCAGAUACAUACCGUGUUCAGAAGUACAAACUACAGCACCAACAACCACAAGAGAAUUCAUAACUACUGCUGUAGAAUCAACACCAUUUACAGUACAGACAACAAUAAUACCAACAACACAAAGACAAGAAAGUGAAGUAACUACAACAACAGAAGAAAAAGAAAGAGAAAGAAAUACUCCCGUGACCGAAACCUCGGUAACAGCAACGACAUCAAAAGUCUCAACAACAGGUUACCAAAUAACUACUACAGCAGAACUUUCCACCGCGAUAACCCAACGUCCAUCACCACCCAGUACCAUCACCACUCUCCCAGAAUCAACACCAGAAACCACAGGCACAGAAUCAACACCAGGCACCACAAUAAUCUCCAGUACUACUGCCCUGCCAACACAAGGCACGACUGUCACUACACCCAGACCAAGAGUGCCUACUGAAGCUACCACCAUUGCCAGCACCUCCACAAGCACCACGGAAAGCACCACUACAUCAACGGAAAAAACUCUUCCAACUGUAUUAUCCACUGUGGCUAUUCAAACAACAUCUACAAUAACUGCCUCCACCCCUGAAAUAAAAACCACCACAGGCACCACACCUGUCCCCAGCACCACGGUACAACCCAGGGAGGCCACAACGACCACCAUCACUACCACCACCAGCACCUCUCCUCCCCAGACUGAAGGCACAACCACCAUCACCCCACCCACAACAACAGUGACCACCCCAGGCACCACCACUAUCCGCAUCUCCAAUUCCACAGACAACUGCGUGGUGGGGCGCUGUGCCUGGACACAGUGGUUUGAUGUGGACUCCCCUACUCCAGGCAGUGAAAAUGGAGAUACAGAGUCAUUUGAAAAAAUCCGAGCUGAUGGGUACAAGUUGUGUGAAAAGCCACAAGACAUCAAGUGCCGAGCUAAAGAUUACCCUGACACCAUUGUGAAAAUAAUGGGACAGAAAUUUGAGUGCAGCCUUGAGAGGGGGCUUGUGUGCAGAAAUAACGAGCAGCCUUCCAAGUACCCCACAUGCUUAGACUACGAGGUCUCAGUGCUGUGCUGUGACCAACACUGCCAGACAACAUUAGAACCAACAGGAACCACAGUACGCACCUCCACCACAUACCUCCCAGCAGAAACGACCACAGUGGCAACCCAACCUGCAGCAACAGCAACUGCCGUCCCCACUCUUCCACAGCGAGAAAAAACAACCACUGUAGGAACAAGUGCCCUCUCAACACCAGGUACCACCAUCACCCCACCCACAACAACAGUGCCCACCCCAGCCACUAGUACUGCCAGCACCUCAAGGAUCACUGAGAGAAGUACCACAACAGCCUCUGCAACAUCAGCUCCAGGAGAAACCUCCACUGUGGCAACCCAGACAGCAACGUCUCCAACUACAAUCUCUAACAUCAGAACAGAAACCACUGUUGGAACGACACCUGUCCCCAGCACUACAGUACAACCCAGAGAAGGCACAACCAAUAUCGCUACCACCACCAGCACCUCUCCCCCUCAAACUGAAGGCACAACCACCAUCAUUCCACCCCCAACAACUGUGCACAUAGAGGCUACAAGCACUGCCAGCACCUCAAGGAUCACUGAGAGAAGUAUCACAACAGCCUCAGCCACCUCAGCUCCAGGAGAAACCUCCACUGUGGCAACACAGACUGCAACAUCUCUCAUGACAACCGCUGAAGUUAAUAUAGGAACCACUGUUGGAACAACAGCUGUCCCCAGCACCACAGUACAACCCAGAGAGGGCACAACCCAUAUUGCUACCACCACCAGCACCUCUCCCCCUCAGACUGAAGGUACAACCACCAUCACUCCACCCACAACAACAGUACCUACCCCUGCCACCAGGACUGCCAGCACCUCAAGGAUCACUGAGAGAAGUACCACAACAGCCGCAGCCACCUCAGCUCCAGGAGAAACCUCCACUGCGGCAACCCAGACAGCAACAUCUCCAACUACAAUCUCUAACAUCAGAACAGAAACCACUGUUGGAACGACACCUGUCCCCAGCACUACAGUACAACCCAGAGAAGGCACAACCAAUAUCGCUACCACCACCAGCACCUCUCCCCCUCAGACUGAAGGCACAACCACCAUCAUUCCUCCCCCAACAACUGUGCCCCCCAAGGCCAUCAGCACUGCCAGCACCUCAAGGAUCACUGAGAGAAGUACCACAACAGCCUCUGCAACAUCAGCUCCAGGAGAAACCUCCACUGUGGCAACCCAGACAGCAACAUCUCCAACUACAAUCUCUAACAUUAGAACAGAAACCACUGUUGGAACGACAAAUGUUCCCAGCACCACAGUACAAGCCAGAGAGGGCACAACCCAUAUUGCUACCACCACCAGCACCUCUCCCCCUCAGACUGAAGGCACAACCACCAUCAUUCAUCCCCCAACAACUGCGCCGCCCAAGGCCAUCAGCACUGUCAGCACCUCAAGGACGACUGAGAGAAGUAUCACAACAGCCUCAGCCACCUCAGCUCCAGGAGAAACCUCCACUGUGGCAACACAGACUGCAACAUCUCUCAUGACAACCGCUGAAGUUAAUAUAGGAACCACUGUUGGAACAACAGCUGUCCCCAGCACCACAGUACAAGCCAGAGAGGGCACAACCAAUAUCGCUACCACCACCAGCACCUCUCCCCCUCAGACUGAAGGUACAACCACCAUCACUCCACCCACAACAACAGUACCUACCCCUGCCACCAGCACUGCCAGCACCUCAAGGAUCACUGAGAGAAGUACCACAACAGCCGCAGCCACCUCAGCUCCAGGAGAAACCUCCACUGCAGCAACCCAGGCGCCAACAUCUCCAACUACCAUCUCGAAUAUCAAAAUAGAAACCACUGUUGGAACAACACCUGUGCCCAGCACCACUGUACAACCCAGGGAGGCCACAACAACCACCAUCACUACCACCACCAGCACCUCUCCUCCCCAGACUGAAGGCACAACCACCAUCACCCCACCCACAACAACAGUGACCACCCCAGGCACCACCACAACGACCACCAUCACUACCACCACCAGCACCUCUCCUCCCCAGACUGAAGGCACAACCACCAUCACCCCACCCACAACAACAGUGACCACCCCAGGCACCACCACUAUCCGCAUCUCCAAUUCCACAGACAACUGCGUGGUGGGGCGCUGUGCCUGGACACAGUGGUUUGAUGUGGACUCCCCUACUCCAGGAAGUGAAAAUGGAGAUACAGAGUCAUUUGAAAAAAUCCGAGCUGAUGGGUACAAGUUGUGUGAAAAGCCACAAGACAUCAAGUGCCGAGCUAAAGAUUACCCUGACACCAUUGUGAAAAUAAUGGGACAGAAAUUUGAGUGCAGCCUUGAGAGGGGGCUUGUGUGCAGAAAUAACGAGCAGCCUUCCAAGUACCCCACAUGCUUAGACUACGAGGUCUCAGUGCUGUGCUGUGACCAACACUGCCAGACAACAUUAGAACCAACAGGAACCACAGUACGCACCUCCACCACAUACCUCCCAGCAGAAACGACCACAGUGGCAACCCAACCUGCAGCAACAGCAACUGCCGUCCCCACGCUUCCACAGCGAGAAAAAACAACCACUGUAGGAACAAGUGCCCUCUCAACACCAGGUACCACCAUCACCCCACCCACAACAACAGUGCCCACCCCAGCCACUAGUACUGCCAGCACCUCAAGGAUCACUGAGAGAAGUACCACAACAGCCUCUGCAACAUCAGCUCCAGGAGAAACCUCCACUGUGGCAACCCAGACAGCAACGUCUCCAACUACAAUCUCUAACAUCAGAACAGAAACCACUGUUGGAACGACACCUGUCCCCAGCACCACAGUACAACCCAGAGAAGGCACAACCAAUAUCGCUACCACCACCAGCACCUCUCCCCCUCAAACUGAAGGCACAACCACCAUCAUUCCACCCCCAACAACUGUGCACAUAGAGGCUACAAGCACUGCCAGCACCUCAAGGAUCACUGAGAGAAGUACCACAACAGCCUCUGCAACAUCAGCUCCAGGAGAAACCUCCACUGUGGCAACCCAGACAGCAACAUCUCCAACUACAAUCUCUAACAUUAGAACAGAAACCACUGUUGGAACGACAAAUGUUCCCAGCACCACAGUACAACCCAGAGAGGGCACAACCCAUAUUGCUACCACCACCAGCACCUCUCCCCCUCAGACUGAAGGCACAACCACCAUCAUUCAUCCCCCAACAACUGCGCCGCCCAAGGCCAUCAGCACUGUCAGCACCUCAAGGACGACUGAGAGAAGUAUCACAACAGCCUCAGCCACCUCAGCUCCAGGAGAAACCUCCACUGUGGCAACACAGACUGCAACAUCUCUCAUGACAACCGCUGAAGUUAAUAUAGGAACCACUGUUGGAACAACAGCUGUCCCCAGCACCACAGUACAAGCCAGAGAGGGCACAACCAAUAUCGCUACCACCACCAGCACCUCUCCCCCUCAGACUGAAGGUACAACCACCAUCACUCCACCCACAACAACAGUACCUACCCCUGCCACCAGCACUGCCAGCACCUCAAGGAUCACUGAGAGAAGUACCACAACAGCCGCAGCCACCUCAGCUCCAGGAGAAACCUCCACUGCAGCAACCCAGGCGCCAACAUCUCCAACUACCAUCUCGAAUAUCAAAAUAGAAACCACUGUUGGAACAACACCUGUGCCCAGCACCACUGUACAACCCAGGGAGGCCACAACGACCAUCAUCACUACCACCACCAGCACCUCUCCUCCCCAGACUGAAGGCACAACCACCAUCACCCCACCCACAACAACAGUGACCACCCCAGGCACCACCACUAUCCGCAUCUCCAAUUCCACAGACAACUGCGUGGUGGGGCGCUGUGCCUGGACACAGUGGUUUGAUGUGGACUCCCCUACUCCAGGCAGUGAAAAUGGAGAUACAGAGUCAUUUGAAAAAAUCCGAGCUGAUGGGUACAAGUUGUGUGAAAAGCCACAAGACAUCAAGUGCCGAGCUAAAGAUUACCCUGACACCAUUGUGAAAAUAAUGGGACAGAAAUUUGAGUGCAGCCUUGAGAGGGGGCUUGUGUGCAGAAAUAACGAGCAGCCUUCCAAGUACCCCACAUGCUUAGACUACGAGGUCUCAGUGCUGUGCUGUGACCAACACUGCCAGACAACAUUAGAACCAACAGGAACCACAGUACGCACCUCCACCACAUACCUCCCAGCAGAAACGACCACAGUGGCAACCCAACCUGCAGCAACAGCAACUGCCGUCCCCACGCUUCCACAGCGAGAAAAAACAACCACUGUAGGAACAAGUGCCCUCUCAACACCGGGCACCACCAUCACCCCACCCACAACAACAGUGCCCACCCCAGCCACUAGUACUGCCAGCACCUCAAGGAUCACUGAGAGAAGUACCACAACAGCCUCAGGCACAUCAGCUCCAGGAGAAACCUCCACUGUGGCAACCCAGGCGCCAACAUCUCCAACUACAAUCUCUAACAUCAGAACAGAAACCACUGUUGGAACAACAGCUGUCCCCAGCACUACAGUACAACCCAGAGAAGGCACAACCAAUAUCGCUACCACCACCAGCACCUCUCCCCCUCAAACUGAAGGCACAACCACCAUCAUUCCUCCCCCAACAACUGCGCCGCCCAAGGCCAUCAGCACUGCCAGCACCUCAAGGAUCACUGAGAGAAGCACCGCAACAGCCUCUGCAACAUCAGCUCCAGGAGAAACCUCCACUGUGGCAACCCAGACAGCAACAUCUCCAACUACAAUCUCUAACAUUAGAACAGAAACCACUGUUGGAACAACAGCUGUCCCCAGCACCACAGUACAACCCAGAGAGGGCACAACCAAUAUCGCUACCACCACCAGCACCUCUCCCCCUCAGACUGAAGGCACAACCACCAUUAUUCCUCCCCCAACAACUGUGCCUAAGGAAGCCACCAGCACUGCCAGCACCUCAAGAUUCACUGACAGAAGUACCACAACAGCCUCUGCAACAUCAGCUCCAGGAGAAACCUCCACUGUGGCAACCCAGGCGCCAACAUCUCCAACUACAAUCUCUAACACCAAAAUAGAAACCACUGUUGGAACGACACCUGUCCCCAGCACCACAGUACAACCCAGAGAGGGCACAACCCAUAUUGCUACCACCACCAGCACCUCUCCCCCUCAGACUGAAGGUACAACCACCAUCAUUCCUCCACCAACAACUGUGCCCCCCAAGGCCAUCAGCACUGCCAGCACCUCAAGGACGACUGAGAGAAGUAUCACAACAGCCUCAGCCACCUCAGCUCCAGGAGAAACCUCCACUGUGGCAACACAGACUGCAACAUCUCCCACGACAACCGCUGAAGUUAAUAUAGGAACCACUGUUGGAACAACAGCUGUCCCCAGCACCACAGUACAAGCCAGAGAGGGCACAACCCAUAUUGCUACCACCACCAGCACCUCUCCCCCUCAGACUGAAGGUACAACCACCAUCACUCCACCCACAACAACAGUACCUACCCCUGCCACCAGCACUGCCAGCACCUCAAGGAUCACUGAGAGAAGUACCACAACAGCCGCAGCCACCUCAGCUCCAGGAGAAACCUCCACUGUGGCAACCCAGGCGCCAACAUCUCCAACUACCAUCUCUAAUAUCAAAAUAGAAACCACUGUUGGAACAACACAUGUCCCCAGCACCACGGUACAACCCAGGGAGGCCACAACGACCAUCAUCACUACCACCACCAGCACCUCUCCUCCUCAGACUGAAGGCACAACCACCAUCACCCCACCCACAACAACAGUGACCACCCCAGGCACCACCACUAUCCGCAUCUCCAAUUCCACAGACAACUGCGUGGUGGGGCGCUGUGCCUGGACACAGUGGUUUGAUGUGGACUCCCCUACUCCAGGCAGUGAAAAUGGAGAUACAGAGUCAUUUGAAAAAAUCCGAGCUGAUGGGUACAAGUUGUGUGAAAAGCCACAAGACAUCAAGUGCCGAGCUAAAGAUUACCCUGACACCAUUGUGAAAAUAAUGGGACAGAAAUUUGAGUGCAGCCUUGAGAGGGGGCUUGUGUGCAGAAAUAACGAGCAGCCUUCCAAGUACCCCACAUGCUUAGACUACGAGGUCUCAGUGCUGUGCUGUGACCAACACUGCCAGACAACAUUAGAACCAACAGGAACCACAGUACGCACCUCCACCACAUACCUCCCAGCAGAAACGACCACAGUGGCAACCCAACCUGCAGCAACAGCAACUGCCGUCCCCACGCUUCCACAGCGAGAAAAAACAACCACUGUAGGAACAAGUGCCCUCUCAACACCAGGUACCACCAUCACCCCACCCACAACAACAGUGCCCACCCCAGCCACUAGUACUGCCAGCACCUCAAGGAUCACUGAGAGAAGCACCACAACAGCCUCAGGCACAUCAGCUCCAGGAGAAACCUCCACUGUGGCAACCCAGGCGCCAACAUCUCCGACUACAAUCUCUAACAUCAGAACAGAAACCACUGUUGGAACGACACCUGUCCCCAGCACCACAGUACAACCCAGAGAAGGCACAACCAAUAUCGCUACCACCACCAGCACCUCUCCCCCUCAGACUGAAGGCACAACCACCAUCAUUCCUCCCCCAACAACUGCGCCGCCCAAGGCCAUCAGCACUGCCAGCACCUCAAGGACGACUGAGAGAAGUAUCACAACAGCCUCAGCCACCUCAGCUCCAGGAGAAACCUCCACUGUGGCAACCCAGACUGCAACAUCUCUCAUGACAACCGCUGAAGUUAAUAUAGGAACCACUGUUGGAACAACAGCUGUCCCCAGCACCACAGUACAACCCAGAGAGGGCACAACCAAUAUCGCUACCACCACCAGCACCUCUCCCCCUCAGACUGAAGGUACAACCACCAUCAUUCCUUCCCCAACAACUGUGUCUAAGGAAGCCACCAGCACUGCCAGCACCUUAAGGACCACUGAGAGAAGUACCACAACAGCCACUGCAACAUCAGCUCCAGGAGAAACCUCCACUGUGGCAACCCAGACAGCAACAUCUCCCACGACAACCUCAGAGUUUAAAACAGGAACCACUAUUGGCAGCACAGCUCUCCCUGUCACCACGCCCCCCGCCAGAGAAAGAACAACCAUCAUCACUACCACCACCAGCAGUGCCUCCACCUCACCUGAAAUAAACCUUAGAACCACUACUGGCUCCUCAGGGGAAGUGGUAUACAACAGAACAGACAGAGCUGGCUGUAAUUUUUAUGCACUUUGCAGCAAGGAGUGUGAGAUUGAGCCCUUCCAGGGGCCAUGUCCUGUGACAACUUCUGUUCCUUCACUCUCCUCCUCAACCACAUCACAAGCUGCCUCACCAACCACAGCAACAACCUUCACAACUUCAGUAGAAAGAAACUGUACUGAUGUCAAUCCUGCACGAAAGCCUGGAGAAGAGUGGAUAAAUGAAUGCCAGAAGUGUGUCUGUGACUCCCUCACUGCUACUGUGCAAUGCCAGCCACUCCCAUGCCAAACAGCUCAGCAAACUAUUUGUGACCUAGGAUUUGUUUCCAUGCCUGUUGGAAAAUCAGUAGUAAUCGAUUCAUGUAAGAAGUGUACCUGCAGUUCUGAGAAAGAUCCAGAGACUAAUGCAAACAUUAUGCAUUGUGAAACAGUUCAUUGUGAGACAUCUUGCCCACUGGGUUACCAAUACAUGACUGAGGAAGGAGAGUGCUGCGGGAAAUGUAUUGAAGUAGCUUGCAAAGUCAGACUCAGUAACAACACUGUUCAUGUGCUCAAUGUUAACGAGAUCCUGCCAUUCGAUCAGUGCAGCCAUUACAAAUGUGAAAAAAUUGAAGAUCAGUUUGUUCCAGUCCAAACUAAAAAAGUAUGCCCUGAGUACGACGCCGGAGAGUGUGAUCCUGUAAGUUUGAAUCAAUUUUCAUUGACUGAAUUCACUUUAAAUGAACAAGGAGGGACAAGGAAAAAUACUACAAAUCACUUCCACUGA